GGCUCUCCAGGGCCUCUGUAAACACACUCAGAGACUGUCAUGGAGGGGGAGGAGGAGGCGGCGGCAGUGAAGGGAGGCGUUUUGGGCCGCCUCCAAGGUCCGCUCUGCCAUUCCUGAACUAGUCCUUGGUCCCCGUGACUGGCAUCAGGGAAGUGAACUGUUAGGCGAGAGGAGGAGACAGUCAGAACCAUAUCUCCUUCUUCCCCGGGGCGGGGGCCGGGCCGGGCCGGCUGAGCCAGGGGAGGGCCGGGGGAGGGAGUGCCUGGCCGGGCCGGCCUGUCUGCCGAAAUGGAUGACAGUAAGGUGGUUGGAGGCAAAGUAAAGAAGCCUGGUAAACGUGGYCGGAAGCCAGCCAAAAUUGACUUGAAGGCAAAACUUGAGAGGAGCCGGCAGAGUGCAAGAGAAUGCAGGGCCAGAAAAAAGCUGAGAUACCAGUAUUUGGAAGAGUUAGUAUCCAGUCGAGAAAGAGCUAUAUGUGCCCUCCGAGAGGAACUGGAAAUGUACAAGCAGUGGUGCAUGGCAAUGGACCAAGGAAAAAUYCCUUCUGAAAUAAAGGCCCUACUCACUGGAGAAGAGCAGAACAAAUCUCAGCAGAAUUCAAGCAGACACACCAAAGCUGGGAAGACAGAUGCUAAUAGCAAUUCCUGGUGAAGAUGAUAUAAAAUGAUGAAUCAGUGAUUGAAGCCAAUAUUCUAAUUUCCAUGGAGGAAGAAUAGGCAAGAUUUUGCUUCUUGGCUCCACUUACUACCUACUGCUCAGUAGUCAUCUCUGUAAAUCUGCAGUUUCUACCAAAAUGUGGGAUUACAGAUCUCAGAAGAUCUUGCUUUAACUUUAACUUUUAAUACUUAGAAAUUUUUCAAACAUUCAGAUCUGUUCUGUACUGCUAMCCAUGACAUUUAACAUGUUAGGAUGCUUGAAAACACAAGAGUAGAGAAAAGUGGUUGAAGAUUGUAUUUUUGCACCUUAACUCCACAUUGCUUUAUUGGUUAAUUUAUAUUCAUGUAAUUCACAUAAUUGUAUGUGUAUGUGUGUUUAGGUGUCACCUCCUUUCAUGUUUCUGAUUGCCCUACAGAGAGAAACCAAAUGGGCUGAUUGCUAACUGUAAGUUCUCAGCCUUUAUGGACCUAAUAUUAUUUCUUUUUAUUUAYUUGAGUAAUGUUUAUUUUCUGCAUGAACCAUGAUUUCUCCUGUGAGCCAUUCCAGCAUAAGCUGUGAAUAUGUAUUAACAAAUAUAUACAUUUCUAUUUUUAUAAUCCAUAGAUAUGCCUGUUUUAAAUAAUGUAUAUGUUUAAAAAA